AUGGUGAGUCGCUCUGACCUGCGUCGCCUCAGUUCGAGUGUCCAGGAUGCCAGCCUGACUGCAUACCGUGCCCGUCUUUCCACGCCCAUGCAUCUUGCUCCCCUACAGGCUCGUACGGAGCAUGCCCAAUCCCCGUGCUCGAAGCAUGGAGAGCGCUGUCGGACAAAGCAGAAGAGAAUCCAGAUGUGAGAUGAAAGCGUACACGUGACCAAGGCGUCUAUCUGAUGCCUUGGCCGCUCCCUCCACGACAGCUCUUUCUACUAAGGACUCGGGAUGAACUGUCGCAAAGCGCCUUGUCACGCUUGUCCAAGAUGCUCAAUUGCCCAACGUCGACACUUGCGCUGAUUCCGAAUGCGACAACGGCCACCAACGCGGUGCUUAGAGAUCUGUACUUUCAGGAUGGGGAUGGCAUCCUCACGCUCAAUGUUGGCUAUGGAGCGGUCAACAAGACGCUGUCGUACGUGUACGAAACGCACACGAAUCUGAAGACCAAGCUGCACGAUGUCCUUGUGCCCAUCAAGCUGCCCGCUUCCGAUGACGAGAUCCUCAGAACGGUGGAAGAGAGCAUCGUAGCUGCCACCGCAAAGCAGAUCAAGAUUCGACUCGGCAUCUUUGACGCCAUUUCGAGCAUGCCCGGUAUCAAGCUUCCGUGGGUGGAGCUUGUGCAAUUGUUGAGGAAGCACGAUAUUCUGAGCUUUGUGGAUGGUGCGCACGCCUUUGCACAAAUUCCGCUCGACCUCCAAGCGGCAGAUCCGGAUUUCUUCGUGUCCAACAUUCACAAGUGGGGCUAUGCGCAUCGAGGUUGUGCAGUGUUCUACGUGCCUAGACGCAAUCAGCAUCUUCAGCGAUCUAGUCUGCCUACUAGCUGGUCCUACGUAGAGAAUGCGUCGGGGCAGACAAAUACCUGGGCAGAACAGUGGGCUGCAAAUGGGUUGAUCGAUCAGAGCUCCUUCUUGAGCGUGGAUGCUGCCUUGACGUUUGCGGAAAAGCUAGGAGGCUACGAGAGGCUUCGACGGUACACGCACGAUCUGGCUCGCAAAGGUGCGCUGGAAGUGGCGAGGAUUUUGGGCAGCGAGCUUUUGGACCCGGAUGGAGAGAGGACGGCGGCGAUGGUCAAUGUGCGCGUACCUGUUGCGGCACAUUGUACGCAGGGAGAGGUGGACAAAUGGUUUGCGGCUGCUAGACCUUGGUUCUGGAACACGCUGCAGGACGAGUUCAAGACGGCCAUUCCGCUAUACACGUGAGUCUCGGUGCCGAGAGGUCUGGCAAACAAAAGAGGAUGGGCAGAUGAUCACGAUGCCGUGAGCUCAUCCUUGAUUCGUCCCAAUGCCAAAUUUGUUCCUUGUUCCUUUUUUUCUUUUUCUUUUUUCUUUUUGCGGCGCUCCAUAGCUACGACUCGAAGAUCUGGGCGCGUUUCAGCGCUCAAGCUUGGGUGAGCUCAACGUCGUCUCUUUCGACCAACUUACAGACGGAGACGACUACGCGCUGCUGACCCGGUUCCUAUCAUUUUUGCUCCACUCGAAGCUCGAAGUGUCCGACUUUGAAUGGGGAGCAAGGGUGAGUCGGUGUUGCGAUCGAUGUGUUUCUGCAGAGGAAAACUUCGUCGUUCCGAUCGACUCUUUUCGACGAUCUUCUCAUUUCGAACUUGCUUUCUUGAAACUUCGCAGGCCCUCAAAGAGUUGGUUCGUCGAGUCAAUGUGGGCGAGGUGAAGUUUGUGGAUGGAAAGGCUGUCGAGUCUUCACCUUCUGCUUAG